CUGAGCGAAUUGGAAUAGGAGCUCGAACAGUCUCAGAAAUCCCAAGCACUACCAACGUGGUAUCACUCCCUUUGUUUUGAUUGUCAUGAUCAAGAUCGGGUGGUGGUUGUCAGAGGCCAAGCAGCGCAAGUUUGACUGGCCAGCAGUCUUGGAUGCGUUCGCAGCGCACAAAAUCAGCCAAGUCAAGCUCGAUGCAAAGACGACCACGGUGGAAGAGUUCCAGUCUCUCGAUUGCAUACUCCACAGGGCGUAUGGCCCGGAUCCAUCGGCAGUCGAGAUGCGCGAGUGGCUGCAGCAAAUGCUGGCUGCGCCUGGAUGCCCGGCUAUUCCAGUGAUCGAUCCGAUUGAAGCCGCUGAUUCGCUGCUCCAUCGCGAGCGCUACUUUGCAAGGCUCAGUGAAGCAAUCGAGAAUCAUCAUCCUGGGACAUGCCAGUGGACCAUUCCGAAUUCUGCAACAAUCAAAACUGCUGGUACACCGAAGGCUGACAACGUUGAUGCGCUGCGAGUGCAAUUGGCGAGUUCGCAUGUCAAGUUGCCUGUUGUUUGCAAAUUCGUCGGUCUCACAACCGAUGCGCAUCAAAUGGCCAUCGCGUCGACCGUAGCCGGCCUCGCAGAGUUUGUAGCCGAAGCACCCGUUGGCAGCACGAUUGUAGCGCAGCAGUUUGUCAACCACGGUGGUGUUUUGCACAAGAUCUUUGUGAUUGGAUCUGCCGUUCACGACGUGCAGCGCAAGUCGAUUCGCGACUUGUCUGACAAAGACACUGAGACUGGACUCGUUCGCUUCGAUAGCAGUACCAUUUCGAAAGCAACGUCAACAUCGCCUCUGCACCAAGCGGCCGCAGCAGCAGCAACAACAACAGCAACAACAACUGCGCGCUCAAUCUCUGUCAAUACCUUACAGCGUCUUGCGCAAGAAGUGGGCGACUGUCUGCAACUCUCCCUGUUUGGAAUCGAUGUUGUGAUUGACUCUGAUACGGGCGAGAAUGUCGUGAUUGAUGUCAACUAUUUUCCAGGCUACGUGGGAAUGCCGAAUGUUCCAGAGCAUGUCGUGCGUUUGGUUGAAGCUCGGUGUCGGAAGUGAAGCAUGGCCAAUGUUCCGUUCGUUGUUGAUUGCGAAAUUGCUUCCUUCAUUGAUCAUAAAUUCAAGCGGCAAGGAUUUACAAUCGAACAGCACAAUCGCAAAAAAAAAAAGAAAAAGAAACAGAAGGGA